UGGUUUUGGUGGUUACUAAACCUACAGUUAGUAAUACUAGCCGAUUCGCUUGCCUUCUGCAUUCCAUUCUGUGGUACAUGACACGGACCAGGGUGCGUUUGACAGAGCUUUCUGCAUUUUUGUGCUCUAAGCCGAUCGCUCUUGCUUUCUCCCGUAACAGCAUUCACUUGUUGCAUGAUCAUCCAUGCGGCAAUGUAGGGGAAAAUGAUAUCUUGUCAUCUGGAAUUUGCAAGAUUUUGGACGCCCCGUGUUUCACACCUCUGUUUUCAAUGGAUUUUCGUUCAGUUCCCAGCGCUUUUAUGUAUCUGCACUCUAGAAUGCUUCUUGGGUCCACUUGUCUACCUAGUGUUCUGCGGCGGUAUCUGAUGGCUUUAGAAACAAAAUCGCGGAGAUGCUCUGACAGCCAAAGUUGCCUGUCGUGUAUAUCUAGGGAGGUUGGUCUUUCUGGAAGCGAGAUUAUGACUUCUGGGGGUAUUUAUACUGGAAAGAAAGAGGUGGGUUUUGUUGUUAGAGCUUCCAAAUCCAGGGCCUGUAGUAGAUCUAAAAGAUAUGGCUUGAAUCCCCGCGGUAUUCAGAAGAAGAGUCGUCUGGGUUCUGCAAGAGGUGUAAGUCUUUCAAUUACGGAGUUGCAAAGCCCCUGCAGUGUUGUAGGUGGUGAUUUGCUUAGCAGUGUGGAUAGUUCCACUUCCUUCUCUGUGCUUCCAUCUAAUCGCAAGCGGCGUAGUUGUACCAGUAAAGGUUUUGGAGAAUAUAUGAAGGAGCUGAAAUCGACCUUGGUUGAAUUGAGGCAAAACUUGGAUUCAUUAUCUUGCAGUGCAAACAUAUUGGUUAUUGAGCCAGACAAAUGCUAUAGGGAAGUGGGAGUUGAUGUUUCAUUGGAAUUCUCAACUUCAAAUGAGUGGUUAAUUGCUGUUAGGAGACAUGGUUCCUUGAGAUACUGCCAUAGAGCACAAAAUAUGGUGAAGCCCAGUACAACAAAUCGUUUUACCCAUGCCAUCGUUUGGGUAGGAGGAAAUGGUUGGAAGUUAGAGUUUUUAGACAGAAAAGAGUGGUUUGUCUUUAAGGAACUUCACAAGGAAUGCUAUGAUCGUAAUAUAAAGACUCCCUCAGAUAGAACAAUCCCUGUGCCUGGAGUACAUGACGUACCUGAAUAUGGGGACAACAAAUGUUAUCCCUAUGUGCGACCUGAGAGAUACAUCACAAUAAAAGAGGAUGAAGUGGCAAGGGCAUUGAUGAAGACAACAGCCAAUUAUGAUAUCCAGCCCGAUGAUGAGGAGUUCUUAAACAAUCUUAAUAAUGAGUUUUAUGGUGGAGACAAUGAUGGAUCUGGACUUAUCUCAGCAGAUAAUUUUGAGAAAAUUGUAGAUGUGUUUGAGAAAACUGCAUAUUGCAGUCCCGAUGAUACUGCCGAUGAGAAUAAAGCUGCCCAUCUUUGUUUAAAUUUUGGAAGGAGGGAAAUAGUGGUAGCUAUUUACAAUUACUGGAUCACAAAGCGGAAACUGAAACGCUCGGCACUUGUUAGGGUUUUCCAGAAACAUCCCCCAAGGAGAGCUCAACUGUUGCAAAAACCACUUCUGCGAAAGAAACGGUCAUUCAAGCGGAGGGGUUGCCAAUAUGGGAGAGGGAGAGGAAAACAUCCAAGAUUUUUAGAAGCCAUGGCGGAUGAACAUGAUGUUGAGGCAGCCAGGCUUCGAUUUGAAGAAGCCAAAAACUCUGAAAGAAGGUUGUUGGAGGUGGCUACACUGAAGCGUCAAAGAGCGCAGAAUCUCAUGGAGAAUGCUGACUUGGCAACUUAUAAGGCCACCAUUGCUGUGAGGCUUGCAGAAGGAAUUCAGAGUUCAGAGCUGCGGGAUGAGGACAUGGACUUUUUUAUUGGUUAAGUUCAGGCACUCAGAGGUAAAUGCUGGUUUCUCUUGAUGCAAAUCUGGCAUGGUCCAGUGCGGAUGUGUGAUGGCAUAGUCAGGCCAUAAUUUUUGAUUUUUUCAGAGGGGGUCAUCGUUUGGCAAGGCAUUUUUGAAGCUCUUAGUUACAAUCAAAAGAGAUGUAAAUUUGUAUAGUAUGUGUAGAUUUGUAUUAAAUUUACUAGUCACCAUUGUAAGAAAACUGUAAUUCUGCUGGUUGCACGAGGCAAACACAGGCUGAAAGUGAUGCCCACCUUGCGUGAA